CUUGCCUAACCGCCAGAGUAUGAGCGAGCACAGCCUGGACGUCAGCAUCGGUACCGUACACACCUGCUGUGCUGCACAGGCCAACCUCCCCUCAGACACGAGCGUCGGUGCCUGUCCUGUCCUGUCCUGUUGCUGUUGUGUGUGCAGACACUGCCGCCGACCGUGGCUCCGCCACGCUGAGCCACCCGCAGAAGAAGGUCAUGGCCGCGGCUGACGAGUCGCCAGCCGCUGGAAGGCUGAGCAGCUACGCCUGGGACGCUUACGUGGCCGAGUUCGUGGGGACGUACUUCUUGGUGCUGACGAUCGGGCUCAACGUCGUCCAGGAAAACUCGCUGGCGCCCCUCUCGAUUGGCGCCAUCCUCAUGGUCAUGAUCUUCGCCAUGGGCUCCGUCUCCGGCGCACACUACAAUCCUGCCGGUAAGAGUGUGUGUGUGGUGUGGUGUGGUGCUAUGAGACACGCAGGGGCUGGUGUGUCCGGAUGUGGUGUGGUUUCUCACUUCCUCCUGAGUUGGUGUGUGUGUCGCAGUGACUUUGGCCGUGUACCUGUCUCGUCGCCAGAAGAUCUCUCUGCGUGACGCGGGCAUCUACUGGGGCGUUCAGUGCCUGGCCGGCCUCAUCGCGGGCGCCACAUUUUGGGGCGUCCUGGGCGACUCGUUCCCACUCGAGCCCUCCGCGGCCCUCAUCAGCGCCGACGGCAAGGCGGCUGCCAUCCGGUCGGCCUGCCUGGUGGAGAUCCUCUACACCUGCGCCCUCUGCUUUGUGAUCCUCAACGUGGCGACGACCAAACAGGACACCCCCAACCACUACUUCGGCCUGGCCAUCGGCAGCACCGUCGGGUCGGCGGCCAUCGCCAUCGGGGGCGUGUCGGGCUGCUCGCUCAACCCGGCCGUCUCCAUUGGCGUCAUUAUCACACACGCCAUUGCGUCGGGCAGUGGGGCCGGCCUGGCGUACCUCGGCCUCUACCUGCUGGCACCCCUCGUCGGCUCGGUCUUCGCCGCCGCCGUCUUCUACGCCGUCCGACCGGCCGAAUACGGGCUGCCCUUCGGCAAAUAGACGGACUCAUAGGACGGCAGACAGACAGACAGACAGACAGGCAACCAGGCAGGCAGAAGUGUG